GAAUAUUAGAGCCAUGGAGACCAGAAAAUCUGUUCACAAACUUGCUGAAACAAUCCAUUCUCUACUAGGGUGGAAAUCACAUCUCACUUCCAACUGGGCCAAAUCUGUUUGUAACAUAAUGAAAAGCGUACCAUCUGAAGAAUCGUCUAUCGACUUUAGACCGACUAAUGUUGCGACCAAAAAAUCCACAGAGAAGGAAGAUGAUGAACUGCGUAAUGCCAUCUCGAAGAUUGAAGAUGAACUUGUCACUUUAACUGCUUACAUAAAUCAACUAAACACACAGAGAAAGCAGGUCCUGAACGAGUUUAUGGACUUGAGAGGGAACAUUCGUGUCUUUUGUCGUAUUAGAUCAAUUGCGACAGGGGAGAACUUCGGCCGUUUAAGACCCAUUGCAGCUCAGGAUUCAAGUAACGUUCUUCUGAAACUAGCUGAGAACAAGAGUAAAACUUACAGUUUUGACAAGAUUUUCCACCCAGGUUCAUCACAAGAUGAAGUCUUUGCUGAAAUCGAGCCAGUCAUCAAGUCGGCCUUGGAUGGUUACAAUGCAUGCAUAUUUGCAUAUGGACAGACUGGCACAGGGAAAAGCUUCACCAUGGAAGGUACUCCACAUUACCCCGGAGUGGUGCCUCGUGCAAUGGAGGCAAUCUUUAAGCAAGCAGUGGAUAGCAACCAUGUAUUUAUCUUCAGUUUCAGUAUGCUUGAGAUUUAUCUUGGAAAACUAAAAGACUUGCUUGUUCCUCAGCCAACAAAAGCAAUGGAUCCCAUGCCACCAUGUCUCUCAAUCCAAACAGAUCCAAAGGGAGGGGUUGAGAUAGACAACCUCUUGGCUAUUCGAGUAACUGACUUCAACCAAGCUUUGAGACUGUAUAGAUUAGGAUGCCGUUUUAGAUCAACUGCUUCUACAAAUUCUAACCUAACAUCAAGCAGAUCACAUUGUAUGAUCCGCCUAUCAAUCACAUGUUUUGAUGCCCCUGAAAGGCGCCGAGAAACAAAUAAAAUAUGGUUCAUUGACCUCGGAGGAAGUGAGCGUGUUCUUAAGACAAAAGCCUCGGGGAGGAGACUUGAUGAAGGGAAGGCCAUCAACUUGUCACUCUCUGCUCUUGGAGAUGUCAUCCAUGCCCUUCAAAAGAAAAACUUUCAUGUACCUUAUAGGAACAGCAAGCUAACUCAAGUUCUUAGAGAUUCCCUUGGAGAGGAUUCAAAAACUCUUAUGUUAGUGCAUGUAAGUCCAAAAGAAGAAGAUCUAUGUGAGACAGUGUGCACUUUGAAUUUCGCAACAAGGGUCAGAAGCAUUCAUUUGGGAAAUACAGACACAACUGAAGAAAGAAAGCAGAGGGAAAUGGCAAUAACAAACCUGCAACAAGAAAUGAAAACAAUUGAAGAUAAGCGUCAAGAUGUUAAAAGAAACAUCACGAAGUUAAAUGAAGAAUUAGAAAGACUAACAGGGACAGCUCUAUCUUCAAAUGAGCAACUGGAUCCUUCCCAUUUAUUGACUAAAUUUAACCAACGCAUUCUUGAAAGAACGAGCAAGACUGCAGAGGUCACAGCAGCUUCCUUGUCACGGAUACCAAGAUUUAUGAAACCUACUGUUUGCAGCAGAGGAAAAUCUGGAGCAGAUUAUCAGACCUACCAAGUGAAAGUCAAAUUCCCCACAAGGAGAAGGGCAUCGUCUCAUCGUGCUGAGUCCGUGAAUUUCCCUGUAAAGCGUACAUCAGAAAAAAAUUCUGAAUGCAGUAUCUCCAGAAAUAGUUGUUUAGUGGAUUUGAAUGUGGAAAGUAAUGCAGACGAUGAAACAGAGUACAGUCAAGAUGCAACUGAAUGUGAGAUAAAAAAUGUAAUAUUCUCAGAACAGGAAACGACAUCAAAGAGUCCAGUUCAGAAAAGAGAUAAUCCUGCCAACAGUGACAGACAUGGAAAAGGAAAGAAAACUAGUUCUAGUUCCACAAACUUACUGAAGGUGGACAAUUGGCUACGUCUACACAAGAGUGAACCUACUACUACUCUCAGUAAUUUUUCCCAUAAGAGUAAACGGGUUCUAGCAAUUCCUAUCCCAGAAAAGAAACAAACAAAUAAGAACGAAAAAGAGGACGAUUUACCAAAUGGAAAUGAUAAUAAGUACACAGUUACAAAGAAGAAGAUUGUUGAUAAUGAAAAACUUGAAAAUUGUGCUGUCAUUGCGGGAUUUGGGAGGUCCAAACAUGACAUAGAGAGUCACAUAGAUGGUUUUAUCAAUAGGGACUCAAGUUGCGGCUUGAUAUGUUCAUUGGAUAAAUUUGAUGAAGAGACAAUACUGUGCAAAGGGAGUUUGAUUGAUAACGGGUUACCGGAGGAAAAUAAUUGUGGCUCUUCUUCUCCACCUGAGAUUUGGUGCACUAGUUUAAAUCUGGACCAAGAUGGUAACCAGGUGAAUAAAAUAUUUGUAAUGCAGGAAGAAAAAGCAAGAAAGCAAUGUACAGAUAGUAUCUCUCAAGACAACAAUGCAUUUUCUGAAUUUUCGCUCUCAGAUGGUAUGCCCCCAGACAACGAGCAGUGUGAAUUAUCUCCCUUCAAAGUAGCCCAUAGUAUGUUUGACACAAAAGAAGAUUCAGGCUCAGAGAUAGGUAUGGACGACAGUGAAAAUGAAGAUGCGGACACAGUGGAUCAGUGCUCUGGAAUUGGGUUCAGACCUGGUAUACAUAAUAUUAGUACUCAGAGAGCCUUAUUUCUGGGCCACGAAAAUCCAACGGAACCACUCAUGACAUUGGUGAAGUCACAAGAAAAUACGGAGAACUCAGGAAUAUGUCAACUUCUUAUGGGGAAAGUUCAUAUUUUUGGGGCUAGUGCUCUUCUAGCACUAGGGUUUCAAAAUCUGGGACUUGAGGAUGAAUUUUUUCAAGGUCUGAUCCUUUGAAGCAGUUCCAGAGAGAAACCUAUGGAAACUUCCUUGAGAAAAGCCAUGGUAUCAAGAGACUGGACUUGAGCCAGUCAUAUAUAGAAAAUAUAGGAGUACAUAUUGAACCAAUAUUCCAUGUGGCAACCUUAAAUACAAAGCAUAGCAAUUCUUUUAUAGCAAUUCUCUAUUCAUGUACGCAUGAGCGAUGACACGGAAUUAUGAAGAUGUCUUCAUUUGACAUAUCCAAAUGUCUUCAUAAAGCUCCAUACCAACUACUAUGGCUGGGACGGUCUGU